CGAUCGGAGUGUGAUGGACAAUCACAUCGGCUCUACAUGCACGGUGCAUCCAAAGGAGGGUGUUGUCGCGUAUCCGACCAGAGAUCCGGCGAAGGUGAAACCUCUUCGCUUGUUCCGAACACGGAGCAGCAAGGAGAAGGAGUGGGUUCUUCUGCCCGAAUAAAGGCAGCUCCAGCGCGCUUUGUUCAUCAUAUAAGAUAGCUGGCUCGGCAGAUCGUCUGCCAAUCGCAAGGCGCAUCCAAAGGAAGAGUGCUAAGGGAAGAAGAUCCGCUCCUAUUCCUAGUUUGCCACCGUCGGAACAGGUGGCUUUACCUGGCAGUGUUUGUGAUCGUCCUGCUGGUGCAGUGCGACAGCAAGGAUCCGUACGUCACCGUGGGUUUUGGAGCGAAAGGCUACACUACAGAAGAUCCGACGAGCCUACAAACAGCAAGCUAAGGAAUGGCGGAGCAGCGGUUCGUCGAGAUCAAGCAGGCAUACGAGCUACUUUCCGACUCGGAGCGUCGGAAGGCAUACGCCGUACAUAACGAACGAGGAUGCAAUCGUGAACAGGGAGCGGUCAGAUUACACCACACGGACAUUAGCCUGUACCAUCGGCUGUCGAUCACCGCCAAGUACUACGAGAGCAACAUCCUGCCCAAAAGCCGCCAAACUCCGCAAAUACUGCUGUUUUACGCCGACUGGUGCUUCGACUGUAUGAAAGCGGCCAACUCGUUCACGAAGAUGAUCGACACGAUCGUGAACGAUCAAUGCGGGUCACGAGGAGCAGCUGGUACGCCGGACCGGUGUCCACUCACUACCGUGCAUUGUCAUGGUCCUCGACGGCCUCAACUAUAUCCACCGCGAGAGCGUCUUUAAUGCACAGCAUCUGGUCGACUUCAUCUGGCACCGUUGGGCGUAAAUCAUCGCAAAUUUAAGGUACCACUUACCAAUAUGAUUUCCACUGUAUUGAAAAACUUAAAUUUGCGCAUGUAAUAAAUACGUACACU